GAGAAAGAGAGGGAGAGAGUAUAUUUUUGCGUAACUAUAUAAGAAAUAUCGCCCGUAAAACUGCAUACACUUUGCUCUUGGCAUUCAGCUAGUGAGGAUGUCACGACACCUGGCGGCGAAAUACCUUGCGAGUCAUCGCAAGCGGAAGCGUGAGGAGAGAGAGAGGGAGAACAGAGUGGUGGCGCCACUGAGGCAAGCUGAGGAGACGAUUGCUGAUCGUGAUGAGGAGGAGGAGGGCGAGCAGGAGAUGGAGAAGGAGGAGGGAGAGCAGGAGAUGGAGGAGGAAGAGGAGAUCAAGGCACCGAAACCGCGGAGGCCUGCCAAGACGAGCGCUGAGCGCGUCAGGGAAUUCCGCCAGCGGAAGAAACUGAAAGCGCAAGAGGAGGCCGAGCGAGGAGGUACAGUAGCGGCCGGUAACCCAGCAGCAACUGUGAAUUUGGAGCCGAUGCCCGGCCCGAGCACGGGGCCAGUACGGUUCUACCCACGACCUGACCCGGUUCAGAUUCCAUCGGGUGCUGGAAGGGGCACGUUCCAGGCCGAUUCCGAGACAUUUCUUGGUGAGUUUUUAGCAAAUAUGAUAAUCAACAGAACACAGAUUUAAUUAUCAAUCUUUUAAGACAAGAUAACGCCAAACUGUGAAACUUUAACUACAAUUUUUAACUUUCGCUAAAUUCAACAAAAUUUUACAACUUAGCAAUAUAAUGCUGAUCAUGUUUGAAAGUUUUCACAUUGCAUGCACAAUUUGUGUUCUUGAAAUGAAUUUUCUCUGUAUAAAGCGGAUGUUUUAACAUAUUAAUAUGAAUUUAGUUGGCAGAAUAAUUUAAUUUAGUUCUUAAAACAAACACAGUUAAUAUAGCCAAUAAAAAUAAUCUGUUUUAGAGUUUUAGCAUGAGAUAGGCAUUUGUUCUACGCACUGUCUAACUUUGAAUUUUGGGUUUAAUAUUAUACAAUCAAAAGCAACUAUUUAGAUCUUCCUGUAUCUUACAGGAAUCGUACCGACUCGUUCCGCUCUGAACGAGUCCUCUCAGGUAUCAGUACCCAAUAGUCAGGGUAAGUCUGGGUAACUUAGGGAGGUCUUUCAAUAUUAUCCCCAAUUGUUUAAUGUUUUGUAGAGACGGGUACGACUGCCACAGCUGGUGGCAAGCCAGAUUGCGCGAAGGCCGACAUUGCUUUUCACAAAAAGUUUACCGACAACAAACUGGGUGAUUAUUGCAAUGUUUGUGAACGCAUCUGG